AAGCAACUUGCGUGUAUUCAUCCAACAAACAAUCCUUGAGGCCAAGAAUGAGGCUUUGCCUAAGGGCCCACAGUGAAGACAAGGUGGAAUAAGGGAUGGUUCCCAGGUCUGCCCCACUGCUACCGGCUCUGCCUUUCUGGGCUUGUUUCAGCAGCCAUGUUAGAGCUCCUGGGUCCCAUGAGGCCCCCAGGACUUUGGGGACCCUAAGCGCCUUGUCUGAGACCAUAAAGUUCUCAGACACUUUUUAGUUCUUCUGGACUAGUCCAGGUCUCAAAGCAACCUGAGGUCUCCCACCGACUCCUGGGAGCAGCCAGCAUUCACUGCCUGGCCUGGGAAGCCUUGUGGUGUCUGGGAGUCCAGUCUUGCCCUUCCUCCCAAAGUUAUAGGUACAAUCAUGGACCACCUCUCCUUUGAGCCCGGGGCCCAGCUCAACCUGGAUUCGAAAGUAGGGGAAGUACCUCCCUUAGAGGAUGCUGGGGUGUGGAGGUGUGGGAAGGGUACUGAGGGGAUUCUGGGUCUAGGAAUUAGCAAUGGCCUGUGAUUACACUUAUAUACCAUGAGGCCCAGCUGUGGGGUUUUCUCUAAGGGGGUUGUGAGUUGGGAGAGGGGAUAGGAGUCCACUCCAUCCCUCCAGCUGUUAGGUCAAUCUCCCUUCUGCCCAUUCCCGUUAUUUGUCUCCCCAGGCUCCCUUUCACAGAGGGCCCCAAAGGAGGAUCUUGGCAGGCCUCCUCUGAGAGGCUAGAGACUUAAGCAAUGCAGAGAAUUCUGGAGGCUGAAAGGCAGAGGAAAGGUCUUUCGGUUUCCAGAUCUGAGCAUGAAUCCCAGAUUCACCAGAUCCGGCUGUGGGACCGUGGGCCAGCAUUGCAGCACUCUGAGACUCAGUUUCUCAGGGUGUUAAAUGCCUCCUUGCGCAGCCAGUUUUGGAGGGAAACUAUUCAAGAGCGAGGCGGCCGCCGUCCAGGAUGCAGCCUGCAGGUUGGGGGGCAGUCAGGGAGGCGGUGGGCCGCGACGCGCUGGCCGCAGACCUCCGGUGCAGCCUCUUCGCUUCGGCCCUGCAGAGCUACAAGCGCGACUCGGUGCUUCGGCCCUUUCCCGCGUCCUACGCCCGCGGCGAUUGCAAGGACUUUGAAGCCCUGCUUGCAGAUACCAACAAGUUACCCAACCUGAAAGAACUUCUCCAGUCCUCCAGAGACAAAGACAAAUGGGCCUGGGACCUAGUGAGCUGGAUUUUAUCCUCAAAAGUCCUGACAAUCCACAGUGCAGGGAAGUCAGAGUUUGCAAAGAUCCAAAAGCUGACUGGUGCCCCUCACACUCCUGUCCCCGUGCCGGACUUCCUGUUUGAAAUUGAGUACUCCGACCCCGCGAAUGCCAAAUUUUAUGAGACCAAAGGAGAACGAGACCUAAUCUACGCCUUCCACGGGAGCCGCCUGGAAAACUUCCAUUCCAUCAUUCACAAUGGCCUGCAUUGCCACCUGAACAAGACAUCCUUGUUUGGGGAAGGGACCUACCUCACCAGUGACUUGAGCCUGGCCCUCAUUUAUAGCCCCCACGGCCAUGGGUGGCAGCGCAGCCUCCUCGGCCCCAUCCUUAGCUGCGUGGCUGUGUGUGAGGUCAUUGACCAUCCAGAUGUGAAGUGCCAAACCAAGAAGAAGGAUUCCAAGGAGCUAGAUCGCAGGAGAGCAAGAAUCAAACACAGUGAAGGGGGCGACAUCCCUCCAAAGUAUUUUGUGGUCACCAAUAACCAGCUCCUGCGAGUGAAGUACUUGCUGGUGUACUCACAGAAGCAGGCCAAGAGCAGGACUUCCAGCCAGCUGUCCUGGUUUUCCAGCCAUUGGUUUACAGUCAUGAUAUCCCUGUAUCUGCUGCUGCUUUUCCUAGUCAGUGUCAUCAACUCCUCAGCUUUCCAACACUUCUGGAAUCGUGUGAAGAGAUAAUCUUUCCAGGCCUGGUAUGGGGGCCACCUCAGCCAUGUGCCUUAUGACAACUUGUUCUGUACCUCCUGUACCCCACGUCCAGCCAGGUUGAGCCUGGCGGCCAGCUGGGGACCACAGGACAAUUUUCAUAGGCCAUAAAUGUAUCAAUUGCCUUUGAUGAUACUCCCAGCUACACUCCGGCCCACGGGGACCAUGGGUUCCUCACUUGUAGGUUUUGGGGAGUCCUCCUGUCUGCUCCUUCCUAAACAGUCCUAGGGAGUUGGCUUUUCCGUUAGGGCCAAAGGAAAAAGUCUUACUGCAUUUAAAAACAAAGUGUCCAAGCUGUCAGUGGUGUGUUUACAAUCGCUGCUGGCGGACGUUGGCCUUUCUCUAAUGCCUUCUGGAAGGCGGAAAAUGUGUAGUGGGGACGAUAAAUCACUAGGCGGUUGCCUUGUUUUGACUUGAGACACUCAAGAGGAAUAGUCAUGUUUCUCAUAAAAAUCGGUGGGACCGUUUUUGAAUUCCAUCAGCCUUUGUCUGUGAGUACAAAACAUUUUCAGUUUUCUCAAAUCAACAAACAGCCGCCUGCUACAGCUGUAACCCCCCCGUGCCCGACCAUGGAUGAGAAAGAAAGGAGUCAGAGACCUGAUUAAAAAAUACAAACUUAACAAGGAGCAACUUAAGUCGUCUUUUUCUAAAAAUUCCCAGCUGCUGAUCAUAGCUGCAGGCCUGCCUCCUGAUCUUGUUCUCACGAAGCUGCCUUGAUUACGGCCUGCCAGCCCCAAGUGCCACCCUAUAGGCCCUCUGUUGCUGCCGGCCUUAACACAGAGGCCUGCCUCAGUGUGCCACAGACGUUCGUGGGCUGAGCCUCCCUCAGAGGGGGGUCGCAGGUCUUUGGGACUCAGCCUGGGCUUUAUGUGUGCAGGAGAAGCCCCUGGCUGCCUAGAGAGCCAUGGUUCUACUUCCUGUAUUCUCUGCCCCUCCUUCCUGCCCCAUUUCAGCCAUAAUGGAGCCCUGUCUGAUUUGGGGGGAGAUAUCUGUAAAGAAGGGGGAAUGUCAUUUUUCUAUAAUUUGUGAAGUUGUGAAAAAGCCAUUAUCAUGGUUUUUACGUUGAAUAUUGGAACAUUUCAAAAAUAAUAAAAGUAUUU